GCUGCGGGCGGCGGGGCUGAGGCGGGGGGCGCGGAGCGGAGGAGGAAGGGACUCUUUCUCCGGGCGGAGGGAUCGCGCUGGCGGCGGCUGGCGGUGGCGGCGGCGUUGCGGGCGGCCGCGAGUUGUUGUUUCCUCCUCCCGCCGCCGCGCUGCCCGCGGGGCGAAUGCCGGAGCCGAGGCGCUGCCCGCGGAGCCGGCGGUGACAGGCGCGGCCCCCCCGCACCUCCCGCUUUCCCCUCGCCAUGUCCGGGGACGGCGGCGGCAGGCACACGGCGGAGCUGCGAGCGGAGCUCUACUUCCUCAUCGCCCGCUUUCUGGAGGACGGGCCCUGCCAGCAAGCGGCUCAGGUCCUGAUCCGAGAAGUGGCGGAGAAAGAGCUGCUGCCCAAGCGCACGGACUGGACGGGCAAGGAGCACCCGCGCAGCUACCAGAACCUGGUGAAAUACUACCGACACUUGGCACCUGAUCACUUGCUUCAAAUAUGUCAUCGACUAGGACCGCUUCUAGAGCAAGAAAUCCCCCAGAGCGUCCCUGGAGUGCAGACGUUAUUAGGAGCUGGCAGACAGUCUUUGCUUCGUACAAACAAAAGUUGCAAACACGUUGUGUGGAAGGGGUCUGCUCUUGCUGCGUUACAUUGCGGGAGGCCUCCGGAGUCACCUGUAAACUAUGGCAGUCCACCUAGUAUAGUGGAUACCCUAUUCUCAAGAAAACUGAAUGGAAAAUACAGACUUGAACGCCUUGUUCCAACUGCAGUCUAUCAACAUAUGAAGAUGCACAAACGAAUUUUAGGACAUUUAUCUUCUGUAUAUUGUGUAACUUUUGAUCGGACUGGAAGGCGAAUAUUUACUGGAUCAGAUGAUUGCCUUGUAAAAAUCUGGGCGACAGAUGAUGGCAGGUUGUUGGCUACCCUGAGAGGGCAUGCAGCUGAAAUAUCUGAUAUGGCGGUGAACUACGAGAACACCAUGAUAGCUGCUGGAAGCUGUGAUAAAAUGAUCCGAGUUUGGUGCCUUCGAACUUGUGCACCCUUAGCAGUUCUGCAGGGCCACAGUGCAUCUAUAACGUCAUUGCAGUUCUCUCCACUAUGCAGUGGCUCAAAGAGAUACUUAUCUUCAACCGGGGCAGAUGGAACAAUAUGCUUUUGGCUGUGGGAUGCUGGCACCCUUAAAAUAAAUCCGAGGCCAACAAAGUUUACGGAACGCCCUCGGCCCGGAGUCCAAAUGAUCUGCUCUUCUUUUAGCGCUGGUGGAAUGUUUCUGGCUACGGGGAGUACAGAUCACAUCAUUAGGGUUUAUUUCUUUGGAUCAGGUCAGCCAGAGAAGAUAUCAGAGUUGGAGUUUCAUACUGACAAAGUUGACAGCAUUCAGUUUUCUAAUAGUAGUAGCAGAUUUGUGAGUGGAAGCCGUGACGGAACGGCACGAAUCUGGCAAUUUAAGCGAAGAGAAUGGAAAAGCAUUUUGUUAGAUAUGGCUACUCGUCCAUCAGGACAAACUCUACAAGGUGUAGAAGAUAAAAUUACAAAGCUGAAAGUGACCAUGGUGGCGUGGGACCGCCAUGACAAUUCUGUUAUAACUGCUGUCAAUAACAUGACACUGAAAGUUUGGAAUUCUUUCACUGGCCAACUCAUUCAUAUUCUCAUGGGCCAUGAAGAUGAAGUGUUUGUACUUGAACCUCAUCCAUUUGAUCCAAGAGUUCUCUUCUCUGCUGGACAUGACGGGAAUGUCAUAGUUUGGGAUUUGGCAAGAGGGGUCAAAAUCCGGUCUUACUUCAACAUGAUUGAAGGACAAGGACAUGGUGCAGUUUUUGACUGCAAGUGCUCUCCUGAUGGGCAGCAUUUUGCAUGUACUGAUUCUCACGGUCACCUUCUGAUUUUUGGCUUUGGUUCCAGUAGCAAAUAUGACAAGAUAGCAGAUCAGAUGUUCUUUCAUAGUGAUUAUCGGCCCCUUAUCCGUGAUGCCAACAACUUUGUCCUGGAUGAACAAACACAGCAGGCUCCACACCUUAUGCCUCCCCCAUUUUUGGUUGAUGUGGAUGGCAACCCACAUCCUGCAAGGUAUCAAAGGCUGGUUCCUGGUCGAGAAAACUGCAGGGAGGAACAGCUUAUUCCUCAGAUGGGAGUGACAUCUUCAGGACUGAAUCAAGUCCUUAGUCAACAAGCAAACCAAGAAGUUAGCCCACUGGAUAGCAUGAUUCAAAGACUUCAGCAAGAGCAGGAUCAAAGACGUUCUGGGGAGGCAGGAACUAGUAGUACCAGCCGGAUAAGCAGAGCAUCUGUAAGUUCUACCUCUGAAGUUCAUUCACCACCAAAUAUAGGGUUAAGACGUAGUGGGCAAAUAGAAGGUGUGCGUCAGAUGCACAGUAAUGCACCCAGAAGUGAAAUAGCAACUGAGCGGGACCUCGUGGCUUGGAGCCGGAGGGUUGUGGUGCCUGAACUGUCUUCUGGUGUGGCCAGUAGGCAGGAAGAAUGGAGAACAGCGAAGGGAGAGGAAGAAGUAAGGGUGUAUCGAUCAGAAGAGAAAAGAAAACACGUAAUGAGUCACAUUCAGAGAGAGAACAAAAUACCUACUUUCUCUAAGAACCAUUCUCAUGAUCAUUUGCUAGACACUAGUGAUUCAAGAAAACAGCAAGCUAACCAGCACAACUACCGCACAAGAUAUGCAGUAGAAGAACCUGCAAGGCCUGCUGAAGAGUUAGAAAAUGGACACAGUUCCUCAGACGAAGGGGAAGUAGUUGUUGCCAGUGGUGGAACAUCAGAAGAUGAUGAAAGAGCAUGGCACAGUGAUGGCAGUUCUAGUGACUACUCUAGUGAUUAUUCUGACUGGACAGCAGAUGCAGGAAUCAAUCUGCAGCCACCAAAGAAAAUUCCUAAACUUAAAACAAAAAAAGCAGAAAGUAGUUCAGAAGAUGAGGAAGGACCUGAAAAACAAAAGAAGCAAAUUAAAAAGGAAAGAAAGAAAGGGAGCGAAGAGAAAGAUGGACCAUCAACAUCACCAAAGAAGAGAAAACCCAAAGAGAGAAAACAAAAGAGGCUGGCUGUAGGAGUUCUGGCAGAAAAUGGUUUGACACUGGAAGAAUGGCUGCCUUCAGCGUGGAUUACAGACACUGUUCCUCGUCGGUGCCCAUUUGUACCACAGAUGGGGGAUGAGGUCUACUAUUUCCGACAAGGUCAUGAAGCAUAUGUUGUAAUGGCUAAGAAGAACAAAAUAUAUAGUAUUAAUCCCAAAAAACAACCAUGGCAUAAAAUGGAAUUACGGGAGCAAGAAUUGAUGAAAAUAGUUGGGAUUAAGUAUGAAGUGGGAUUGCCUACUCUCUGCUGUCUUAAACUAGCUUUUCUUGACCCUGAUACGGGUAAACUAACUGGAGGAUCAUUCACCAUGAAGUACCAUGACAUGCCAGAUGUCAUAGACUUCCUAGUUUUGAGGCAGCAAUUUGAUGAUGCAAAACACAGACGAUGGAAUAUAGGUGACCGCUUCAGAUCAGUAAUAGAUGAUGCCUGGUGGUUUGGAACAAUUGAAAGCCAGGAACCCCUUCAGCCUGAUUAUCCCGAUAGCUUAUUUCAGUGCUACAAUGUCUGCUGGGAUAAUGGAGAUACUGAGAAGAUGAGUCCUUGGGACAUGGAGCUGAUACCAACUAAUGCUGUAUUUCCAGAAGAACUGGGAACUAGUGUUCCUUUAACAGAUGAAGAGCGCAGAACACUGCUCUAUAAACCUCUGGAUGGAGAGUGGGGCUCCAGGACACGAGACCAGGAGUGUGACAGAAUUAUUGCAGGCAUAAACCAACUCAUGACUCUAGAUAUCGCAUCUGCAUUUGUGGCCCCUGUGGAUCUUCAAGCUUACCCAAUGUAUUGCACUGUUGUGGCAUAUCCCACAGACCUGAGUACCAUUAAACAAAGGCUGGAAAGCAAAUUUUACAGACGACUUUCUUCAUUAAUGUGGGAAGUCCGAUACAUAGAACAUAAUACUCGCACAUUUAAUGAGCCUGGAAGUCCUAUUGUCAAGUCUGCCAAAUUUGUCACAGAUCUUCUGCUACACUUCAUAAAAGACCAGAGUUGCUAUGACAUCAUUCUAUUAUACAAUGCAAUGAAGAAGAAAGUGUUGUCUGACUCUGAUGAGGAAGAAGAGAAAGAUACAAAUGUGCCAGGAACUUCCACUAGAAAAAGAAAGGAUCAUCAGCCAAAGAGGCGGCUACGUAAUAGAGCCCAGUCAUAUGACAUUCAAUCAUGGAAGAAGCAGUGCGAGGAGCUGCUGAAUCUCAUUUUUCAGUGUGAAGACUCUGAACCAUUUCGGCAGCCAGUGGAUCUCCUUGAAUAUCCAGAUUACAGAGAUAUUAUUGACACACCUAUGGAUUUUGCUACUGUUAGAGAAACACUGGAAGCUGGUAACUAUGAGUCACCAAUGGAAUUGUGUAAAGAUGUGAGACUUAUUUUCAGCAAUUCAAAAGCCUACACACCAAGUAAAAGAUCAAGGAUCUACAGCAUGAGUUUACGCCUUUCUGCUUUCUUUGAAGAACAUAUAAGUUCUAUUUUAUCAGAUUAUAAAUCUGCCCUGCGCUUUCAUAAAAGAAAUACAAUAAAGAGACGAAGGAAAAAAAGAAGCAGAAGCAGCUCAGUUUCCAGUAGCGUUGCAUCGAGUCCUGAAAGGAAAAGGAGAUUAAUAAAACCUCAGCUGAAGGGAGAACCUUCUGCCUCCUCUUCAUCUUCUAUACCUGUGCGAUCUACAGCACUGAGGCAUGCCCCACCUCAGAUGAAUGGAAAAGCAGCUGAAACCUCCUCUCUUGUAAGGACUAGAAGCAAUAGGGGGAUAACAGAUGUGGCUUCUACAGAACAACCAUCUACUUCUUCGGGAGGAAAGCCUUUAACAAUAAAGCCUUUAAUUACAAAACCUAAUACUACUGCAGGGUCAGGAAAGUCAGUACUGGAGAAUUCAACCAAACAUUCCAAGAACCAGAAUAUUUUACCAGUCUCUAGCCAAUCUGAUAGCAGUCAUAACACUAGGAAUAACUCCACAAAAGAAAAUCCUGAGAAAGAGAAGCCAAUCAAACGCAAAGUAAAAUCCUCUGCUGUUAACCAACAAGCAGAUUGCAAGAAUAAUGCUUUGGCAUCAGGAAGCGUUCAGGUAAAUGGACACGGAGGGCAGCCUUCAAAACCUCCAGUUAAAAGAGGCCCUGGACGGAAACCGAAGAUUGAGGCUAAUAACAGUACUUGUGAAGUCGUGCACAAGAAAAGAGGCAGAAAACCAAAAAAGCUACAAAUUGUUGAACAGCAAAAGGUUGCAGAGCAAAAUACAGUCCAGACCACAAAGGAUGUACUAGAAGAAGCCUCUGCUUCUACUGCAUGCAAUUCGCUUUCUGAAAAUAAUAUGAAGGAAGACUUGGUACAAAAAAAAGGCCGUGGGGGUAGAAAGCCAAAAAGAAAGAUAAAGACGCAUCCAUCAGGCUCGGACCUUUUAGUUCCUGCAAACGUUAAAAUGCAAACAAGAAGCAGGAGGAAAAAGAUAGAUGAGCCUAUGGAAGAAGGGUCUGAGGAGCUUAAAGAUUCUGAACCUCACAUGAGAACUAGAAACCAGGGUAGGAGGACAGCCUUUUACAAUGAAGAUGACUCUGAGGAAGAGCAAAGGCAGCUAUUGUUUGAAGACACCUCCUUAACUUUUGGAACUUCUAGCAGAGGCAGAGUCCGAAAGUUGACUGAAAAAGCAAAAGCUAAUUUAAUUGGUUGGUAACUUCUACCAGGUGUUUUACUUCAGAAUGCUAUGAAGCAGGUACAGUUAAGGAACAGCAGAACAGACUUCUGCUUCCCUGCUGCUAUUAUGGGCUAGAAGAAUAUGUUCUGAUUUGGGAGAAAGAUCUAGCAAAAAAAAACAAACUGAAAGAACGUUCUUUGAAAGAAAUAUAUAUUUUAAACUUUUGCUAUUUAUUGCCCUUCAAAUAGGUUAUGCAUUUCAACAGUCAUUUUGUUCAUAGUUGAGAAUAAUUAAAACAGUUUCCAACUGACAUACAGAGUUGAGAACUACUCCACUUGAGUAGUGUGUAGUACUCUACACAGUUUAAAAAAAAAAAAAAAAAGGUGAUGGAACUUCUAAUGCCACAAACUGAAAACAGAAAUCUAUUUUUGACCAAGCAAAGUACACUCUGAUUGUAAAGUUAGGUUGCCUAGGAAGGCAGAUCUUCACAAAAAGUGGCAGUAAAUUCACUUACAUUUCUAUUAAAUACGAAUACAAAAAUACCAAACUUUGCUAAUCUGAAAAUGCUUGAUUUCAGUAGUGAUGGAACAUUCAACUGCAAAAGAAGCCUACCACAGGCUGUUGGUUUAUCCAAGUUCUGCCAAACAUAGCAAAAAUGUAAUCACAAAUAUAUAUAUAUAUAUAUAUAUCCACAUUGGAAAAAGUUUGACUAAUGUCUAAUUUUUCAGACCUUGAUUCUUGUAUCAAUCACUAAAUCUCUGUUUAUUGUGCCAAAGACUGAAAAUCAGUGCAGUGGAAAGCCUUUUUUUUUCUUUUUGAGUGUCAGUACAGCAUACAACUUGCAGUGAAAAAGCUGUGUAUUGUUUUAAAUAGUAAGUUGUUAACAUUGUUCUGAACUGUAUCCUUUUUGGUACUUUUGGUAGAAAAUAAUGCACUGGUGGGGUCCUUUGACAGAGAUGUUUUAGACAAAAUGUAUAAUUGGUUAAAGGAUUCAAGGAAAUUACAGGACAGGUAUGGAAUUACGAUGUUUACUUUCUGAUCCAGAUUGAUUGUUGUUUCUACAACUUGAGACAUGCUUAAGAGGCUAAAAUGACCUACAAAGAAGAGUGUAUGUGUAUAUAUUAAUAUAUACAUAAACACAUACGUAUAAAAUAUUUCCCAGGUAUAAAUUUUUUUCAGGAUUUUUUAGAUAGCACUAGAAUUGAAAAUAAAUUUUAAAAUGUCAUACUUUAUAGUUUAAUUUUAAGGGGAAGAUUGGUUAUUUUCAAUUAUUAAGGUUAAAAAGGCCAAAUCACUUUUUAUGCAAUCAUGUUUUAUACAGUGGUCUCAUUGCACAUUGCGUUUUUCUGCACUUUUUAUGGUAUAUCACGCUGACAUACGUCAAUAUUCACCCUAAAGAAAAAUUCCAUUUAAUGAUUGUGCCUUGUAUUCUAUUAUUUCUUGCAUCCUUAGUAAAAUUAAGUUGUCUAUUGUAAAUGAUAACUAUAUGACUUAGGGGAAUGUAUUGUUAUAUGUACUGCUAUGGAAAAGAAGAGCAGUUAUUUAUUUGUUUAUGGUACAUUUAGUUAUUUUAUACCUUUACAAACAAACUUUAAUACCAUUUUCUAUCCCUUCAAAGCAAAUGUUGUCCAGUGUUAAGGAACAAAUACGGAAGUAGUCCUAUUUUCUGAAAUCUGGUAUGGUACAAAAAUGUAACCAAAUUUUUCUGACGAUGCAUUAUUUUGGAACUUUGGGUGGUGUGACAGAUUUCUGUGUGACCCUAACUUAGCUGAAGAAAUAAACCUGACAUGAAACCUCAAUUCCGUACACCCUUACUUCAUAAUGAUUCUUUUUAUUAGUAGUACUUUUCUUUAACAAACAACAUUGACAAUAUCCGGGAGGGCAUACAGAAUUAAAACCUUUAAUUUUGCACAGUUUCUCUAUACGUAUUUGGGGCCUAAUUCCUCACUCUUUAUUUUCUGUUACAAGAAAGCAUCAAUAUUUGAGCAAAGAACACUGAUAUCUGGCACAAAGAGGAAUGGAAAUAUGCUAUUGUGGAUGUCAAACUGGUAUCCAUCGUGCUCAGUUUAAUGUAAUUUCAUUAGUCAUUUUGUUACAAAAAAAAAAAAAAAAAA